AUGUGGUCCAAGGCCGUUCUUAGCGUCCUUUUCUGCGGCUUGUUCUGCACUGGUGUGAAGGCACAUAUUCCUGAAGCUCUUGAGCGGUACACCCCGAAGCAUCUGGAGGUCAUCGACAUCCUUCCCAACGACUUCGGACCGACAAUGGUGAACCCGCUCGAGCCCACUGCUCCGGAAGAUAUUCCCCCUCAAACUUUUCGGGGGCCUGUGUCUCUGGGCAACUCAAUCGAGCAGCUACUACGGGAACCUGCUCGAUUCGGUAGCUUAGAGUUCUACGUUAAACAGAAGAUGCAGACAUACCUCCACAGAUUCCACAGGGCUGUCGGGCAAAACACCGUCAUUUUCCAGCUCGACGCAUGA